AUGCUCGAUUCAGGUGAAUAUGAUUGUAUCGACGUGUUAUCUUCUUCGACAUCAUCAAAAUAUUAUGUUCAUAAACCACUUCUAAUCGAUUGUGAUGAUCGUUUAUGUCCGAAUUCGUACUACCCAUGUGGAGAUGGACAAUGUAUCCGUAUGUUGAUUCGUCGUAUCUAUCAUUCGUAUAUGUCGCGAGCAUUAAAUUGUUACAGUAUAAGAGAAUAUAGUGGAAUAUGUGAAACAGCUGUUCCAAACAUCAUUGUGGACAAAAUAUGA